CAGCCGACUGCUCAAAAUCUUCGUUUCAGCUUAUAAAUGUCGUAUAGACAUCAUAUCCUCACUCCCAGUCCUUAUCCUGGCAUUUGGGUAUGGAUUUCUUGGUGCAGUUCUCUAUUAUGGUUACCUCGCUCCAGUCGGCAAUUUAUGGAAGCAAUAUUACCCCGAAGACUUGACAAUGGAAUGCGUCGUUCUUCAUUUUCACUCUUCCCCUCGUCUCACCCACCGAACACGACAUACCCAUCAUCAACGUCACGCAGCCACCGCCCCCUCUCAAUCCUCGACCUCCAAGCCACAUCCACUUUCCACCAAGAGGGCUGCCGCUCCCUUCAAAUGGUCAUUUCCAUCCGCCACCUCCAGCGUGUCCUAGAUGCAUUCCCGUCAGUCAGGCAGGUACCCAAGACAGACAACUCUACCAUCCACGUCAUCAGCGAUAGGGUGCAAAAGUCGAACGUCAUUGCCGUAUCCGUGUGUCCUGGGCUUUCAAGAUCAGAUACCAUUGCACUGCUAUUAACGCAGUUUUAGGAUAUUCAUUCGACUCAAAUACCUAGACAUUCCUCAGGUAUACGAUCCCUUCUUCCGCCCUCUUACAUACUUCACAACAUCUGCUACGACAUCUUUGCUGCAUGUCCUUUUUCUCCCAACGUCUUUCAAGAGCAAUGCUUACCAAGGCACCGAUCCUCCAGAAGAAGUGCUCAAAGCAAGUGCACUCUACCACGAGUGUGAUACUGUUAACCUACGGAUACCAAAUGUUAC